CGGCUGUAGCUUCGCUCAGAGGCCACUACAAACAGCUCUGACCCGCGUAGACACAACUGUGGAGGAAAUUGACCAACAACACCGCGGACUAUCCCACUUUUUGUUACUUAAUAACACAACCGCUGACCAUGACACCAAUGGGAGCCGCUGUAGGGACAGCAUCUGCCAUAAACUGCAGGUGACAGCAGGACACAUAUCAUCUAUACCAGCCUGUCGGGUUGCUACGCUCGUUUGGGCAGCUGUUGACAUUUUUUGCUAACAGAUAAUUAUCUAGCCGUGCAGGCAGGAAAUUCACAACGGAGUACCAGCUAUGUGUUCCGUAAUAAGCAGAGUGAAACCGUGUCACCGGGCUCUGGCUGUCUCGCUACGGCUCCGGACAAACACCGAUAGCCCGAGUUACGCUGCAGCCCAGAGCAGGCGCUUCUCUCCCGGCUUAAGUUCUGGCGUGGAGCCGCUGCGGGUCGCCAGCAGGUCGUACAGCUCCAGGACAGCCAUGACCGAAGGACUUCUCUUCAGACAAUUGUUGGAGUUGGAGAGUAAGACCUACACGUACCUGCUGGCAGACACAGCAACCAAGGAGGCUGUCCUCAUCGAUCCUGUGUUGGAGACUAUCGACAGGGACCUAAAGCUCAUAGGGGAACUGGGACUAAAUCUAAAAGUGGCAGUAAACACCCACUGCCAUGCGGACCACAUCACAAGCACUGGGCUGAUGAAGAAAAGACUGGUUGGACUGAAGAGCGCCAUCUCCAAAUACAGCGGUGCCUCUGCAGACAUCCUCCUGUCAGAGGGAGACAAGAUCCCCUUUGGAAAACAUUGUCUGACAGUGAGAGACACACCGGGACACACUGAUGGGUGUAUGACGUUGGUGAUGGAGGAUCAGAGCAUGGCUUUCACUGGGGACACUCUGCUCAUUAGAGGCUGUGGCAGGACAGACUUCCAGCAAGGUUGUGCAAAGAGACUCUAUCACUCAGUGCAUCAGAAGAUCUUCACCCUGCCUGAUCAGUGCCUCAUCUACCCAGCGCACGACUACUUAGGUCAGACGGUCUCUACUGUCGGCGAGGAGCGCAAAUUUAACCCACGCUUGACUAAGAGCAUCGAGCAGUUUGUGGACAUCAUGAACAACCUGAAUCUCCCCAAGCCGGCAAAAAUAGAUAUUUCAGUGCCUGCUAAUCUGGUUUGUGGCUUACACGAAGUUUGACUGCCCUGCAAAAGAGAGGAUUCUGAUCAAAACAAACUACAUCAUUGCAGACUAAUUGACAUUUACCUGCCUGUUUUAGCAAGAGUAAUCUAGACUGCUUACCAGAUAGUGCUUUGUUGUGUUUUUGUAUGUAAAUGAAAGGUAUAUAUUUGAAUAACUGUCAUUUAAGUACAGCUACUGGCAUUAUUUUGGUUGCACUUAAAGUAAAAAUGCUUUAAUUUUAAUGAGUACUAAAAUUCUGUAAAUGUAAAAGCACUUAGUUUUUUUUUUAAUUUGUCUAAAGUUAAAUGUGAUGACCUUUUAGUCACUUCUGUUAUUAUGAGUUACAGAACUGUGGAGGAAAUUAUGAGAAGGAACACUCAGAUAGGAAUGUUCCAUUCAAGGUUUGGUUUAGUAUUCAUGAAUGCUUUACUGGGACAAUCAAGUUCUUCCACAUGGCCUUUUCAGUGAUUCUGGACUCCUCUACAAGGCUACACACACACACGCACGCACGCACGCACGCACACACACACACACACACACACACACACACUCACUCACUGCUGCCGGUCUUUUUGCAUAGCAGGAAAAUAAAGCUACUCUAUUUGCAUUCAAAAUCAAUAAGAGCCAAGUUUCCAUGGCCCAACAUGUCAUGGCCAUGCACUUGUGCUCUCAAGCCUCAUCUGUUCCUGUUGAUGUCCCAAUAGACAAGGGUAUCCAUUGAAAUGUGUCUCAGAUUAUCUCAGAUAUGACAGAGGUGUCCAUGCCAAGUAUCAUAUCUGCUUCCAGAUUUCCAAAUAUCUUGUGCAUGCUGUUCUCAUCAGGUGUUCAACACCUCAUCAGCCAGUAAGACAGGUUUGUUUGGGAGUGCUGGCCUCUGACUCAGCUACAGAAACGUGCACAUGUGAUAGUAAGCUGUGCCAUAGUGUAGAACUGAUCAUGAGCUGUUGAGGGCCAGUAUAAAAAUGUUUAUCCAGAACUGUUUCUAAGUGAAUCUUUUUUACUCCUGCCAACAUUUAAAGGAGCACUCCAUUAAACACGUGGUCCUGUUUACUAAUCGCAGGGAAUACUACUCACCAGGUGACAACAGUUAUACAGUGUCCUCUGCAGCAAUGGAGGGAGUCUUUUAAAGUCUGAAAAAACUUAUGAUGGCAGGGUGGUCAAAGCUUGGGUUUGAAAUCUACAACACAGAACAGAAAGCAUAUGUUACAAACUAGGGUGGUGACAUUCAAAGGAAGUGGAUGUUUACUAGCCAGAGAGGGACUAAUACCAUGCUCAUGUUAUGUCAGAGUUAUUUUGGUAGAUCAGCUAUAUCGGACGAAGCACAUCAAUAUGUUUGAGUAUGGAAACCAAAUAAAAAUGGACCCCUAGCAUUAGCCUAAGACUGUCAUUCAGUGUAAUAAAGUCCAAAAUGAAUGGACGUGGUGUUGUAUUGCCAGUACACAAUCCUCAACCAGUUGUGCAAUCAUACAAACUUCUUCAUGAUGUGAAUACUUGAUAACGUGGUAAUCUCUAUUUGAAAUGAAUGCUGUAUUCCAUGAAAUGCUUUCUGAGUUAUGUCACUGAAAAUACAGAGACCAACUUGGUGGAGCUUGAACCACAUAAUAAAUAAAACCAUGUCAAAAUA